AUGGCAGGGUCGCAGCUGAAGCGGCUCAAGUCGUCGCUGCGCGAGCAGGGCAUCAUCGGGCCGCAAAAGUCGAAGAAGCAGAAGAAGCAGGCAGCCGAGGAAGCGCGGGCGAAUGGCGGCAGCGAGAAGCGACUGCGCAAGACGGCAGCGCUGGAGACGAUCCGGGAGCAGUUCAACCCAUUCCAGUUUAAGAUGAACGCGCGGGGACCCAAGUUUCCGGUCACAAGCCUGCGGACGCAGAAGGAGGGCCUGCGGGGGAUCAAGGGACGGCCGCAGGUGGCGCUAUCCCGGAGCGAGGAGAAGCGGCGGAGCACGCUGCUCGUCGACAUGCAGCGGCGCAACAAGGUGGGCGGGAUCCUGGACCGGCGGCUGGGCGAGGGCGACCCGAACAUGACGCCGGAGGAGCGAGCGCUGGAGCGGUUCGCGUUUGAGAAGCAGCGCACCCACAGCAAGAAGGGGGCCGUAUUCGACCUGGAGGACGACGGCGACGACGACGUCGGGCUGACGCACAUGGGCCGGUCGUUGGCGGUCGGCGACGACGGCGAGGCGGCUGAGUCGGACGAGGGUCUGCGGCUGGUCGACCAUCUGCGGGAUGACUUUGACGAGGACCUGUCGGACGGCGAGUCGGACGACGACAGCGAGCAAGACGUCAGGCUCAAGCAGCUCAAGCGGAUGCGCAGCGAGGCAGCCCUGGCCGAGUCGGGCGGCGGGACGGACGAGCCCGAGCGCAAGAAGACAAAGAAGGAGGUGAUGCAGGAGGUGAUUGCCAAGUCGAAGCUGCACAAGUACGAGCGGCAGGUGACGCGCGAGGCCGACGACGACGAGCGGGCGGCCCUCGACAAGAUGCUGCCGGAGCUGCAGUCGCUGCUGCUGGCACCACGCGCGGCGACGACGACGACGGUCGGGGACAAGACCAUGAAGCUGGCGGGUGGACUGCUAGCCGACAAGGUCGACAAGGCGGCACUUGAGAAAUCGUACGACGUGCGGUUGCGCGAGCUGAUGCAAGACAAGAAGGCAGAGCCGUCGACGCGGACGAAGACGGAGGAGGAGGUAGCAGCCGAGCAGUCGGCCCACCUGAAGAAGCUGGAGGAGAGCCGGGUCAAGCGGAUGCUGGGGCAGGUGGAGUUUGAGGAGGGCGGCGAGGGUGAAGAGGGUGAAGAGGGAGGUGGCAAGACGGACAAAAAGGACAAGCAGGCCAAGGACGACCGGCCCUUCUCGUUUCCCGGCCAGGACGACGAGGACGAGUUUGCGUUGGGCCAGGGCAUCCGGGUACGCCACACGGCAGCCGAGUUGGGGUUUGACGACGAGGACGACUUUCUGAUCGACGACGAUCUCGUGGCCAGCGGCUCAGACGUCGAGGAGGCCGACGACAGCGAGACGGUGCUGGAGUCGGUGCCGAUGACGGGGCUGGCGACGGCGGUGCAGCGGAUCCGGGCGCUGCACCACCCGAAGCUAGAGGCCGGCAACAAGGAGCGGCUGGGCCGGUUGGCGGCGGCGCUGGUGGUGCACGUGGUGUAUCUGGGCGACCAGCCGAGUCCAUCCCACCACGUGAUUGAGAGCCUAGUGCGUCACGUGCACUCGCUAGCGAAGAUGGUACCGAUCGACGUGGCGGUGGCCUUCCGGGGCGAGCUGGCGCGGAUGGUGAGCGCCAACAGGCUGACGCCGGGCGAUCUGGUCCUGCUGGCAGCCGUGGCCAUGUUCCCGACGUCGGACCACUUCCACCCGGUGGUGACGCCGGCCGUGCUGGCCAUGGGCCGCUUUCUGGCGCAGCGGCCGCCACGGACAGCGGCCGACUGUGGCGCCGGUCUGUUUGUGUGCACGCUGCUGCUGCAGUUCCAGCAGCGGGCGCGGCGCUACGUGCCCGAGCUGCUGACGUUUGUCUGUGGUGUGGCCAUGGCCCUGGCGCCCGUGCCGCUGUCGCCGGCUGUGCGUCGCCGGCUGCACGGCCAGAUUCCGCUGCACGCGUCGGCAGAAGCGUUGCGGGUGGCCACCGACAAGGCGGAGCCGCGGCGGCUGCGGCCAGCCGACUGCCAGCCUGACAGUCUUCCUUCCGAGGCGCUCAAGAGCUCCCUCCUGGCCACCGCCGUGGCCGUCCUCGAGGCUGCCACGGCUCUCUGGGCCGACAAGGCUGCCGUGGCCGAGUCGCUCGCUCCGGCCAUCGAGAUUCUUCGACACCUCGCUGCUAGCCCGGUCGGCUCCCUUCCCGCUUCUGUCCGACAGGCUGUCACGCGCGCGCUUACCACCGCCGAGGCUGUCGGUGCUGCCGCACAGCUCGCUCGCCGGCCGCUCGAGCUUCACCACCAUCGGCCGCUGGCUAUCCGCACGCUCGUCCCCCGGUUCGAGGACGAGUUCGACCCCGACAAACACUACGACCCCAACCGCGAACGGGCCGAGGCCGCCAAGCUGCAGGCUGAGCUCAAGCGCGAGCGCAAGGGCGCGCUGCGCGAGCUGCGCAAGGACGCCGCCUUCAUGGCGCGCGAGCAGCUCAAGCUCAAGAAGACACGCGACGCCGCGUACGAGAAGAAAUACAAGCGGCUGGUCGCCGAGAUCCAGGGACAGGAGGGACACGCGGCCAAUGAUUGGUUGUCUUGA